AUAGACAUGGAAGUUGGGGCAGAAGAGCAAGUUAUUUGACACGCUCUUUACCUGAGGUCGACCAGCGAACCAGGUCUAGAUCAGGCACCAAGUCACGAGAAACGUCACGAGCGUGUUGUCACGCAGGAGGCAAGCACGCGGCACUGCCAUUACACGGUCGUUCAGAACAAGUUGAGAACAAGUUCAGAAUCGCUCUCACUGUCAGCUCCUAUCUCUUCCUGGCAUACACAAGCUCCUGGUGGCAUUUCAAAGAACGACUGUCCGUAGCGGGUAGUUUGCAGUUGAAGGAAUCUCCCACAGUCAAGAAUCACAUCGACCGUUGUGAUUGCAAGUGGCAGGCUUUGACUUGGAGCGAGCUCAACCUUCAGAACGGUACCGAUCUUCUUGAAAAAUUUCCAGCUAUGUCUCCCUCGCCACUAUCAUUUCCACAGGAGGUGAUCGACAAAAUCGUUGAUGACCUCGAGCCUGAUGAGGACCUACCAAGUCUGUUGAAUUGCUCCCUCACUAGCAGGUCAUUUCUUGCAGCUAGUCGCAGAGUCCUCUUCAACCAGAUGACCCUUGGCACGGAUGGUGACGCCGAACGGGGGUCGAAAGAUUGUCGUGAUUCAAAAAAGGGUACCAGAGUUGGAUGGGUAUCACGCGAAGAAACACUCCCGUUGCUCCUGCCGCUCCUGGUGUCUCUUAAAUUCUUAGCCAUCAGAGCGUGGCUUGCAGACGAGCAUCGCCACAAGCUAGACUGGUCCAUCCUCCCCCCCAGACUCGCAGCUGCACUUUCUCAAACAUUCAUGCUUCCCAGCCUGGUCAAGAUCGAAUUUGUUGAGUUGGAGAACAUCCCGUACGAGGUCGUUACCUCAAGAUAUCUCAAAGGGUUGUCCUUCUGGGGCAUCCCCCAUGAACUCCUAGACUUCCGCCCGUUCCCGAAUCUUCGAGUAUUUUCUCUCGACAUAGCCUUCUAUGCCUGUGAAACCUUCCCUAACCUCAAUGUUCUACCAAUCCUGAUCACUCAAUUGCGAAAAAUUACCUCCGAUAGCAAUCUCGAGGAGUUCAGGUUGCUCGCGGAUUACAGUCCGCCUCCUAACGAUAUACAUGUUGUCGAUGAUGGCUGGCUCACCCGUUUUUGCCGCCUUCCAUUUUGGCAAGAGUUGGAUUUAAUCUUAACGCAUCCUCGCUUCUCGAAGUUAAGGAGGGUGGAUGUUUCAUUCAAAAGGACUGACGAAAUGGAGUCGACGUCGUCGGAGUUUGAGCUGCAGAUGUCUGAUGAACCUGACCCACAGGUGGAUGGUGAUUCUGACCUCCAAGCGGAUGCCGAACCUGAAUGUGACCUUGAACCGGGGCUUCACGAUUUACGAAUGCAGAUACCUGGGUUGGUUAACAAGAAAAUUGUCUUCUUUGAGUUUAUGGAGUACGUCGCCUAG